GUGGCGGUGAGGAAGGCAUGUUGGACCUGCGCACGCGGAUAGAGGCGCUCGCGAACUUCAAAACGUUUAUGCAGGGCUUGGACCAGCAGCCCGGUGUUUACUCCCUGGAGGAGUUCAUUCGCGGUGCUGCAGCAGCCAUGAAGGGCAUAUUUCCUGGUGUCGCACACGCCUCCUUCUGCCUCCUCAACUCCACACGAAACUGUGUCAACAUGUACACCUUCCUAGGCGAUGGCUCCCGAAAGCCGCCUCGCAUCAAUGUGGCCGUGGCGCCUGGAACGCUGAUCUACCAUGUGCUGCACAACUGCCAACCGGUGUUCAUUAGUAAUGUGGCGGCGUUUCCGGGGCCUUACGCGGACGUUCAGUUCAUGCGCUUCGUUCUGAGCCUGCGGUCCGUGGCGUGCCUGCCGCUAGUGGUGGCUGGGAGCCGCGUGCUGGGGGUGCUGCGACUAGGGUUUGAGGAGCUUUGGGACUGGACGGAACAAGAAAAGAGCAUAGCCAAGCAGCUGGCGUUGGUUCUCAGCAGCACAAGCAGCGGCAUGGGCGGAAGCGGCGGCGGCCUGCCACCCGCAAACGCUGCCGCCGCAGCUGCCGCACAAGCACAAGCACCCUCAAGCGGCGCGGGAGGAGGGUACGACUCGCAAGGCCAUGCGGCUUCGGCCGGAGCGGCGGCGGCGGCCGCCGCCGCCGCGGCCGGGUACCCCAACGUCGCAGCCGUACUCGCAGCCGGGGGCGGUACGGUACGACCGUACAAUUCCCAGCAGCAAAAACUGUUGCAUUCGCAGUUAUUACAGCAGCAACAGCAUUCGUUCUACGCAGCUUCUGGUGCUCCUGGGGGUGGUAUGUCGUUCCUAGCCGGAAGCGGGGGCAGCGAGGCGAGCGCUGGCGGCGGCAGCUGCAGCAGCGGUGGCGGAGCCGCCGCCGCCGGCAGCGGCCAUUUCGCGGGUCCCAUACGGAGAGUACGAGCACAGACCUCGAGAUCUAGCUUGCAGUACAACGCGUCAGGGGCUUAUGGGGCCCAGGAUCUUCCGGGAUCAGCAACGAACACAUUAGACUCCGGUGCUACAAACACCACCAUCGCUGCUGCGGCGGCGGCGGCGGCGGCGGCGCCGCGUAGCAUGCUGACCGCCGCCGGCAGCAGCGCAUCUAGUGUGGACGUCCAAACCUAUUACGCCACCCUAGCUGCGUCGGGCGGUGGUGGUGGCGGCGUUGGUAUGGGUGGCGGCGCGGGGGCAUACGCUCCUGGAUUGGGGUUGAUGACUGCUGCUAGCGUGGGGUGCGCUGCACCUGGCAUGGGCAUGGGAGGAGGGGGUGCAGGCAUGGGCAUGGGAAUGGGAAUGGGAAUGGGAAUGGGUGCGAUCGGUGCGGGAGCAGCAGGAGCAGCGGCGGCGGCGGCGGGGAGGAUGGGCCCACCCAGUGUGCACAGCUAUGCCUCGAGCGGCGGAGCCACGCUUCCGCAUGUGAACAGCGGCUCGGGUCGGCAGCUGGCGUCUGGGGAAGUGGACGAGGACUGGCUGCUGCAGCGGCAGGGCACCUCGCAGCUGUCCCGCCCCCUAAACCAGCACUCGCAGCAGCAGCAGCAACAGCAGCUUUUGGGGCAGGGAGGAGCAGGGCUGGGGUCGGGGCCGGGGCUGGAUGCGCAGCAGCUGCACCUGCAGGGCCUUAUGGGUGCGGAUCUGAAGAUGCUGGAGGUCAUAGGGCGCGGCGGUUUCGGAUCCGUGUAUAAGGCCUUUUGGCGGGGCAUGGUGGUUGCGGUGAAGGUUUUGGAGCAUGAAGACGAGUUGGUUCCCUUCUCCGGCGGUAGCGGUUCCACUGCCAAGCUGGACACCAGCAGUCGCCGCGCGGCGCUGCUGGAGGGAGCCAUGACGUCAACCAUUAGUCACCCGCAUGUAGUACAAACGUACGACUACCGUGUCGUACAGCUGGAUCCAAAGACGUCAUUGGGCGGCCUCACUCGAAGCAGGGUGCUGCAUGAGACGCACAUCAUCAUGGAGUGGUGCGACCGGGGCUCGCUGCAGGACGCUAUCGAGCAGGGCGUGUUUCUGUCUGAGCGCGGCAGCAGCGGUGGAGGCAGCGGUGGCGGCGGGGCCGGUGGUGGUCCCAGCAGCGGUGGAGGCAGCGGUGGCGGCGGGGCCGGUGGUGGUCCCAGCAGCGGCCGCGAGCGAGCAGUGGACAUGGACCUUGUCAUCAUGACGCUGGCGGAGGUGAGUGCCGCCAUGGAGUACCUUCACAAGCACCGCAUCACGCACCGGGACCUCAAACCCAAGAACAUCCUGCUCAGGUCGGCUGACAAGGACAGGAGGGGAUACGUGGCAAAGGUGUCUGAUUUUGGGCUGAGUCAGGUGCUGCCGGACACCAACAAGACCCAGGUGUCCACCAAGUACAGCGGCACGGUGACCCACAUGGCUCCCGAGCUGAUCGAGGACGGCAAGGUGUAUGCGGCGGGGGAUGUGUAUGCGUUCGGUAUCAUCAUGUGGGAGCUGGUGGCGCAGCAGCAGCCCUACCACAACAUGGCGCACCCGCAGAUCAUGGUGGGGGUGGUGACACACAACCUGCGGCCCAAGUUCCCCGCCUCCUGCCCCGAGUGGUACCGCAACCUGGCUCACCGCUGCUGGCGCAAGGACCCCAAGAGCCGCCCGCCGUUUGCGGAGGUGACGAAGGCGCUGCUGGCGAUGCUGCCGGACAAGAACUGGGUCCCGGCGGAGUAGGGGCGGAGUAGGGGGAUCUGAGGGGUCGUAGGGUGAUAGGGGAAGGGAUGG